AUGUGUUUACCCCUUUAUUUUGAGAAUGCUCCGGACAAUUGGAGGGGACCACCACGGGGCCCGGCGCAGUAUUUAAAGUGGCCCUUCUUCUGGGACCUGAACCGACUAUUGGGGUCCCUCCCCCUGAAUGACACGGCCCUCGUAGAUGAGAGCUUGGCUUCCAACCAUGCCACACCGGCAGUAGUGGAGUUGCUCUCAGACAUGCAGGAGAGAAGCAUGGUUGACACGGACUGCUUCGAGGAGCCCGUCGAGGAACCAAGAGAGGAGCUGCGCGGCGAGGAAAGCCAAGUCACCAGCACCCCCGCCACUACAAGUGUCAGCAGGCCGGGGCCCAGCAGUGUCAAUGGCACAAGGAACGUGCCGCCGAGGCCACAAAAAAGGAAGAAGCCGCAAGCUCCGAGCACCGCAUACAUCAAAACGGUGAUCGAUGAACAGAGGCUGCUCAGGCAGAGUUUUGAGGCUUCGAGAGGGAGAGAGUUCGCCCUACGCGAGCGGGUAAUCGUCCUGCAGGAAACCGCCAUCAAGGUGCAGCAGGAGCUUGCGACUGCGUUGAUGGCCUUCAUGAAUCAAAAUGACACAGGAACUGCCAUGUAA